AUGUCUUUGAUUGAUGCUGGAAAUGUCGCUUCGGGACCGUGUUCAGUCACUGUUCAGUUACAUCCGCUCGUAGUUCUCAAUAUUUCCGAACAUUGGACGCGUAAUAAAGUGAAAGAAAAUUCACCAGCAGUCGUUGUUUAUGGGGCUUUAUUAGGUAAACAAGAGGGACAUCACGUCGAGAUCACUAAUUCUUUCGAAUUGCUACUGGAUGAGCCCCACAUGUNAUUCUACGGUACACGCGAAGCCCAAUGCAAACAAGUCUAUCCCGACUUAGAUAUUGUGGGAUGGUACACUACUGGUGGUGUCAUUACUGAAAGUGAUGAGCUGUUCAAUCGACAAGUAGCAUUAAUUAUUUAG